AUGGGAAAAGAACCAUUGACAUUGAAGAACAUUCAGAUGGCUAUAGAAGAACUGUACCCCAACAAAGCCCGGGCUUUGACACUGACUCCACACAGCCGAGCCCCUUCCCCAAGGCUGAGGAACAGGCUUUAUAGCAAGGCUCUGAAAGGGGGUCAUCACUGUGGGGAGACAGAGAUCACCAAGAGCUGUGGUGAGGCUGCUGGGUCCAAGGUGGCCACCAGGCAUCCAGGAAAAACUUCUGUGGAGCCAGCGCUGGAGGACAGGGCGAGGGCCCAGAAGAACUGGGUGAGGGGGAAGUGGGAACCUGAAUCUAAUAGCAAGCCCCCCAGGGAAGCUACUCAAGAGGAAAGGCUUGCAAGUGGAGAGAAGCACCUUGGGGUGGAGAUAGAAAAAACCUCGGGGGAAAUUAUCAGAUGUGAGAAGUGCAAGAGAGAGAGAGAACUCCAGCAGAGCCUGCAGAGGGAGAGGCUCUCCAUGGGGACCAGCGAGCUGGACAUGGGCAAGUCCUCAAGGUAUGAUGUGGAGAAGCUGGUCAGGACAAGAAGCUGCAGGAGAUCUCCUGAGGUGAACCCUUCAGGUGGGGAGGAAGGAUGGAAGGGUGACAGCCACAGAAGCAGUCCCAGGAAUCCCACUCAAGACAUGAGGAGACCUAGCAAGAACAUGGAGAAGAAAGAGGACAGAGACCCAGAAGGUCAAGAAAGUCAUCCUCCAGGAGCAGUGAAGACUAAGACAGAACUUGUGGAUGCUCAGCCAGUCACAGAUGAGGGGCUAAGGGAAGUGAAGAAAGACACCAGGAAUGUCUGCAGGAACAAGCAUGGUGGCUGGCUCCUGAGAGAGCAACGGGCUGACUCUGAGAAGCUGCCUAGGACCCGAGGUGAGGAGAAGGAGGCUGAGAAGGAGAAAAAGGUGUGUACGUCAGGAGGGAGAAAAAUGGUUCUCAGAGAUGACGACCCUGCAAGGGUAGAAAAGGAGCCCAAGACAAGACCAGAAGAAAACAAGUCUGAACGACCACUGGGCCGGAAGACACGGCCCAAGGGCAUCAUCUCAGCUGACGUAGGGAAGCAUUAUGAGACUGGCCGGGUCAUUGGUGAUGGGAAUUUUGCCAUAGUGAAGGAGUGUAGGCAUCGAGAAACCAAGCAGGCCUAUGCAAUGAAGAUAAUCGACAAGUCUAAACUCAAAGGAAAGGAGGACAUGGUUGACAGCGAGAUCUUGAUUAUUCAGAGCCUCUCUCAUCCCAACAUAGUGAAAUUACAUGAAGUAUACGAAACUGAAACGGAAAUCUAUCUGAUCAUGGAGUAUGUGCAGGGAGGUGAUCUUUUUGAUGCAAUCAUAGAAAAUGUGAAGUUUCCAGAACGAGAUGCUGCCCUAAUGAUCAUGGACUUAUGUAAGGCACUCGUCCACAUGCACGACAAAAGCAUUGUCCAUCGAGAUCUCAAGCCAGAAAACCUUUUGGUUCAGCGAAAUGAGGACAAAUCUACCACCUUGAAACUAGCUGAUUUUGGUCUUGCAAAGUUUGUGGUGAGACCCAUAUUUACUGUGUGUGGGACUCCGACUUACGUAGCUCCUGAAAUUCUUUCUGAGAAAGGUUACGGGCUGGAAGUGGACAUGUGGGCUGCAGGCGUGAUCCUCUACAUCCUACUUUGUGGCUUCCCCCCAUUCCGCAGCCCAGAGAAGGACCAGGAUGAGCUCUUUAACAUCAUACAGCUGGGACACUUUGAGUUCCUCACCCCUUAUUGGGACAAUAUCUCAGAAGCUGCCAAAGAUCUGGUGAGCCACUUGCUGGUGGUAGACCCCAAAAAGCGUUACACGGCCCACCAGGUUCUACAGCACCCCUGGAUUGAAGCUGUUGGAAAGACCAACACAGCAAACCUGCAGAAGGAGGUGUCCGUUAGCAGUGAGGGCCACUUCCGGACCCAGCACAAGAGGGCUGCAGAGGAGCCAUUGUAG